ACACUCCUUACUUCUGAUAAAACUAUUUUAUUAGUCACAUUUUUCUCUGUAAAAAACAACGAAAAAAAAAAUUUAACUUAUGUCUCUCUUGGAAUACGCAAUAUUAAUUUCUAAUUUAGCACGUUUAUUAGUUUUGUAACAACAGAACCUUGAACUUGAAAAUUAACUACCCGCAUACUUAUCAUAACAAAUUGUGUGUACAUAAAAUUUAUUUAAUUAUUUUUACUAGUAGAUAUAUUUAUAUUGAUAAAAUGAUGCCUAUAAAUUAAUUGAACAAAAAAAAAAAAUAAUUGUAUCUUCAAUUAGUGUAAUCUUUAUAUAAAGAUUUAGUAUAUGUGUUUAAUGAGUCAUAUUGAAAUAAAGGAAACUAAGAGGACGAGUGCGAGAAAAGGUCGAAGUACAGUGCGAAAUAAAUCGUUAAUAUAAAUGCUGAAUCCUGUUAGCAUAAAAUCUAAUAUAUAUUUAUUCAUAACUUUAGUCCUCAAGUCGCCUCUUGACUGGUGAAUACGUAAUUUUUAAAAAUUUUACAAUUAUAAAAAAUAGUUAUAAUUAACAAUAAGUUUAAUAAUGCUUUUACAUCUGUUUAUGGUGUUUUUUGCAAUGUUUCAGAUAUUUGCUUUAAAUGUAAAAAUAGCAGAAGAAGAGGAUAUAAAUGAAUCGAUUGAACUUAUUAAAGAUUCACAAAAAGAACAAUAUUUAAAUCAAAAUUUUAAUCGGGAUACUUUUAAUUAUGGAUACAAUGUAAAUUUCCACAAUCAGUUUCACCAUCAAGUUAAAGACAUUAAAGGAAUAACUUAUGGUUGUUAUGGUUACAUCAAUGCCCAUGGAAAUUUUACAGUAAUUUUCUAUAUUAGUGAUAGUUGGGGAUAUCGAGUGAUACAUCCUAGAGGAGAAGUUAAUGUGCUUUAUGAUGAUUUACCUUCGGCAAACAAAGAGCAACCAUUCAAUCCUCAACAAGGAACACCAACUUCUUGGGAAAAUUUACAUUUUCCAUCGAAUUGUGAAAACUAUACAGAUUUUUCUCCAGUACCCAGGAAACUACAUAAGGAUCUUGAAGUUACGGUAAAAACAGAAAGACCAACAACAACGACUGAAAUACCACGUGGUCCAUGGCCAACUGGAUCUCCCGGACCAAAUGGUCCAUGGCCCGGUGAUCCUGAAUAUCGAAAAAUUUAAUAAAAUUAUAACCCAAUAAACUUUUAUAUCCGAGAAAUUAAUUACUGAAAAUUUAUACUUUUUGAUGUCUAUAACUAAUGGAAUAAAUAAUUAAUUAUUUUUUAAUUAUAUCUAAAAAAAUAAACUGAUAUUUGUUUAAACAAUGAAAAAAAAAUUAAUUAAAAAACUAUUUUGUUGUACCAAAACAUUUAUUAUUAUAGUACUUUUAAUCUUUAUGAACCCAAGUCGUAGCUGGUAGAACCAGAAGAUAAAAAUUUGUGAAAAAAGACGUUUGAAUUCAAAUUUUAAAAAUUUCAAAUUGACACAAAAAACCCCCUUUAUACACAUGAAAAUUAAUUAAACACUUUUUAAAAACUGUUUUACAUUAUAAAGAACAAAUUCGACUGUUAC